UUAUUUCAUCUUCCUUACAAGGCUAAAGCCAGGAGCUUUCCUCUGCGCUUGGGUGCCUUAAAAGCUGGAGGCAAACCCUAGGAUCCCCGUGGAAUGCAGUCGGGAUGUGCGGCUGACAGAGACGAGGAAGGAGGCACUGGCAUGAGCCCUGCGGAAAGCACAGCAGAGGAGGCUGGUGCUCUCCAGAGAAGUGWGACAGUAACCUAUGAAUCUUAAACCAGGUGUCCAGUGAUGCAGAUCUUCUAAAGAAACAUGAAAUCAAACCCUAAAAGAAAUCACUGAGAGGGAAAAAGUGCARCAUAAGAGCUAAAAUGAGAAACUGGCCUGUGGAGAAGAGCUGCUGGGAGCUGUGACAGAGCAUGAGACCAGAGAAUUACUAGACAACUCCUGCAGAUUCUCAUCGAAGCAUUGGCUCAGCCUCCCCAUCAGUGCAUGCAGAGCUGUGGGUUCAGCAGCUGAGGAUGGAAGUGCUGCGUCGCUCCUCAGUCUUCGCUGCAGAGGUGAUGGAGGUUUUUGACAGGUCUCCCACUGACAAAGAGCUCGUGUCCCAAGCCAAGGCUCUCUGCAGAGACUACAUAAACUCAAGGCUGAUUCGAGCGGGUGUGAGCUGGAGCAAACCCGAGUACAACGCCCCGGUGCCGGGGGGGAAGCUGGCUGAGGUGUCCACCAUCCUGCUCCGACUCGGGGAUGAGCUGGAGUACAUUCGCCCCAACGUGUACCGGAACAUCGCCCGSCAGCUGAACAUCUCCCUGCACUCGGAGACCGUGGUGUCCGACGCCUUCCUGGCUGUGGCUGCGCAGAUUUUCACCGCAGGCAUAACGUGGGGCAAGGUGGUGUCCCUGUAUGCYGUGGCAGCUGGGCUGGCAGUGGACUGCGUGCGGCACGCGCAGCCAGCCAUGGUUCACACCAUCGUYGACUGCCUGGGAGAGUUCGUCCGCAAAACCUUGGUGACGUGGCUGAAAAGGAGAGGAGGMUGGGCAGACAUCACAAAAUGUGUGGUGAAUACUGACCCCAGCCUUCGCUCGCACUGGCUCGUGGCCGCUGUUUGCAGUUUUGGUCACUUCCUCAAGGCCAUCUUCUUCGUCCUGCUGCCUGAGAGAUGAGCCCGAGCUGCCAAGCACAACCCCCCUGCCCCAUCUUCUCUCCCACUCCAGAAGCAACAAGAAGUAACUGGAGAAGUAAUUCCAGAUUGGUAAUGGCAAUCUCUGAAGAGGAGGAAGAGAAGAACUGGGACAAAGAAAAGGCUUGUUCUCCUCUCCCAUCAGCUGGGAGCAGAUGAUCAACCACAGUCUCAUAUUUGCAGCCACACGAGCCUCUCUCACCAUUAAUCCUUUCAAGAAUUUUGUUUCCCUGGGUGACUUGCAUGUGUGGCCUGGGUGUUGCUGGUCCCUGGGCACGCUGGUGGCAGCCAUGUGCAGCAGGGACUGUCAGAUGGCUGCUCCUUACAGCUGUGUUGCAUGCCUAUGCUAGUGCCAGGCAGAGGGGAGGAGGAAGGGAAUAUAUUUGAAAUGGAAUAWGAAAAUAGGAAAGGGGGAGAGUCCCUCCUUUACUCCAUGUGAUUUCCCUUUCAGUCCUCAGACUUGCCUUGUGUUGAUUCUCGUCGUUACAUUUGUGCUUAAACUUCAUCUCCCCCUUUAUCUCUAACUCACUUGCUGGGCAUGGUGGAUUUUUAACAAUAUAAAACCAAACAUUCUGUCAGGAGAUGAUUCUUCCUGACAUGUCCUGGAGAUUGCUCUGAGUGGCUGUGUGGGGGGCAGGACGAGAGGGCACCAUGUGUUUUGUUGACCCCUCUUACCACACUCACCCAGUCAAACAGGGGAGCAAGGGGUAAUGCCUUCAAGCAACAGCUUGGGAUGGAAUUUCAUCAUGAAGAAAAAGGUUUUAAUUUUGUUUUGAGGUUUUGUCAGAGUUAAGCAUGUGAGUAGGAAGGGCUGGGGGGUGUGGGCAGAAAUAGGGGAGCAGGAAGUGAACUGKCUGUGCCGAAAGUAGCUGGUGUAURUUUCUCCUUUAAUCUCUUUGGAAGUACAACUCAUAGUCUUCUUUGUGACAAACAAUAAAAGAAAAUAGGUGAUACUUCACUGUUGCAAAGACUAUUGUAUUUGUUUCCAGACCAGACUCAACAAUUCCAAAAAAGGCCAGAACAGUGCAGAGACAAACACUCCAGCCACGCUAAAAAUACUUCAGUUUUCCCCUGGUAGAGCAUGUUAACAUGUUAAAACUCUGGCCUGCUUCAUGCCUGGAAUUUAACCCAUGUUGUUGC